GAUCAGCUUCCCGAAGUGGAAACCUGUCUUCGGCAAUGAACUGAAACCACCCGGGUGUUAUCUGGUGUUCAAUCCAUACAAAGCUUCCCCUGCACCGAGAAAGGAACCAUCUUUUUUUUUGUUCUCCUCUCCUUUUAGCUUCUUCUCCCUGUUCUAAUGCUUCCGUCCUCCUCGAUCUCCAAACUGAUCCAAAUCGCCUUUCAAGAUUCACAUUUCCGUAUAAUUUUGCCAAAAAAUUGGAAUUUUACGGGCUUCUCGAGGCUAGAUUGAGUUUGGCGAGCCUACCAUGGAGAAGAGACACAAGAUCGAGCUCCUCCUUGGUCUUCUCUGCUCGUUCCUUUUCCUUCUCCUCUUCCUCUUGUUGGCGUUGAGCUACUUCUUUCGCAAAAGAUUAAGGUGCCGAGGUAGGACCAAAAAGGAACCCUUGGAGGCCGGCGGCGACAGCGGCGGGGGCGGCGCGGAGGAGGAGCACUCGGAGGCGGAGGAGCUGGUGAGGUUCGCCGGAGGCGAGAGCUUGACGGUGCACGACAUCCUGGACGCGCCCGGAGAGGUGGUCGGGAAGUCGAGCUACGGGACGCUGUACAGGGCCAGCCUCGAGCGGAGCGGCUCUGUGGUGCUGCUCCGGUUCCUUCGACCGGCUUGCGUCGGCGGGACCGAGGAGGUUCUGCCGGCGGUCCGGGCGCUCGGGGCGGUUCGGAACCCGAACCUGGUGCCCCUUCGGGCGAUGUACGUCGGGCCGCGAGGGGAGAAGCUCUUCGUUCACCCCUUCUUUGCCGCAGGGUCGCUGAAGCAGUUCUUAAGAGCUGGUGUUGCUGAAGCACACAGAUGGGACAUCAUCUAUAAGCUCUCUCUGGGAAUCGCCAGAGGGCUGGAUCACCUCCACACAGGACUGGAGAAGCCCAUGGUGCAUGGCAAUCUCAAGACCAACAACAUCUUGCUCGACGCAGAUUACCAGCCUCGCCUGUCGGACUUCGGCUUGCACCUGAUCUUGAAUCCAGCGGCAGCCCAAGAAAUGCUCGAAGUCUCUGCCGCCCAGGGGUACAAAGCCCCCGAGCUGGUUAAGAUGAAGGAUGCCAGCAGUGAGAGCGAUAUGUACAGCCUGGGGGUGGUCGUACUCGAGAUGCUCACUCAGAAGGAUCCCAUCAACACCAACUUCUUACAGUCCAAGGAUUUCCAUGUGCCGACCUCGUUGAGGAAUUUGGUUCUGGAGCACAAAGUCUCGGAUGUCUUCAACUCCGAGCUCCUGAUUCAGAGUAUAGAUCAGAGUUCUACCAAUGAACAAGGUCUACUGAUGCUCUUUCGACUGGCGAUCGCUUGUUGCUCUCCUUCUCCUGCUUCGAGACCAGACACUAAGCAUGUUAUUUCACAGAUCGAAGAUAUCAUCCGACGAUGAUGAUGAUGAUUUCCAUUCUGCCAUGGUGAUGAAGCAACCUGUCGUUGUCGAUGAUGAUUGUCCAUUUUGCCGUGGUAGCAAAGCAAUCCAUUGUCCUGAUGGCAUGAUGGAGAAGAUGAUACAGAGAAUUGGACCAGGAACCGACA